GACAGGGAGAGUGAGCCCUGCUGUUAAACAAGAGCCUUGCCCUCUCCGGGCUGGAAGGGCUUCGGAGAGAGACACCGGCACCGCUGGACCUGCCUCCCCAGCCAUUCUCGUCAGGAUCCCUCUCCCAGACGUGUCUCCCCGGACGCUUCCAUCCGAAUCUGUCCCCUGGAUGCUUCUCCCUGGCUGGUUCCUUUAAGCUCCGUCUCUCACAUGCGAGAUCUGUUUCCCUUGUGGUUCCAUCGGGAUCCGCCUCUCAGACACGUCUCUCUGAUUCUACCAGGAUCCCUCUCCCAGACACGUCUGCCUGGCUGGUUCCUUUAGGGUCCGUCUCUCAGACGCGUCCCUGGCUGGUCCAAUCGGGAUCCGUCUCCCAGAGCCAGGUCCUUCAGAGGGAACUAUCUGGAUCUCAUAUUCACACACCUCCCAUAGGGAUCUGUUUUCUGGACUCGUGGCCCCAGCUGAUCCCACAAAGAACUGCCUUCUGGCCUUGUCUCUCCACUACGACCUUCCUUGCCUUGGUGUCUCCAGCUGAUCCCCACACAGAAUUAUUUCUGGGCUUCUCUCUCUGCUCCGACGCCCUCACGUCCCCACCGAGAUCCCUGCUUCGCUCUCAUUGGUGUCCUCCUCCUCCAGCAAUGGCUUCUGCAGGGCUAGAGCUCUUGGCCAUGGGGCUAUGCAUCUUUGGCUGGCUGGGCUCCAUCAUCUCCUGCGCCCUGCCCAUGUGGAAGGUGACGGCCUUCAUUGGCAACAACAUCGUGGUGGCGCAGAUCAUCUGGGAGGGGCUAUGGAUGAACUGCAUCGUGCAGAGCACAGGCCAGAUGCAGUGUAAGGUCUAUGACUCUAUGCUGGCGCUGCCCCAGGACCUGCAGGCUGCCCGCGCCCUCAUGGUCAUCUCGGUGCUGCUGGCCGUGCUGGCCUUGCUGGUGAGCGUGGUGGGCGCCAAGUGCACCAACUGCGUGGAGGACGAAGGCACCAAGGCGCGGAUCAUGAUUGUCUCCGGUGCCGUCUUCGUGGUCGCCGGCAUCCUCUGCCUCAUCCCCGUGUGCUGGUCAGCCAACACCAUCAUCCGGGACUUCUACAACCCGCUGGUGUCCGAAGCCCUGAAGCGGGAGCUGGGGGCGGCGCUAUAUGUGGGGUGGGCAGCCGCCGCCCUGCUGGUUCUGGGGGGGUCUCUGCUUUGCUGCUCCUGCCCACCCCGCUCUGAGAGGUACCCACCCCGGGUUGGGUACAUGGCAGCUGCCAGGUCUGGGGUGGGCAGCGGGGUGGACAAGAGAGACUAUGUGUGAGGGGAGUGGAGGAGGGGAUAGAUGGAUGGAUGAGCAUGUGGGUGAACAGAUGAAUGAGUGAAGAGUGAGGGAAUGAAUGAGGGAGUGAAUGGAUGAAUGAGGGAAUCAGCUAAUGGCUGAGGGAAUGAACAAACUAGUGAAGGAGGGUGAGAAUGCGUGAAUGUGGGAGGAGAUGAAUGAAUGAGGGAAUGAAGAAACAAAUGGACAAGUGGAUGGAUGAACAAAGGGGCUAACAGACCACGAGUGGAGGAAAAACAAGUGAACAGAAGCAUGGCUGAAGGAACGAAAGAACGAGUGAGUGACGGAACGAAGAAGGGUGCAAGCAAAUGAACAAGCAGGCAAAUGAGCGAAGGGAGAAGCAACGAAGAGAGCAAAUGGACACGGGGGAACAAGCGAGUGAAUGAGACAACGGACAAAUGAAAAAGUGAGGGAAGGAAGGAACAAAAUGAAAUAAAUGAAAGAGGGGGAGGGGCAGAGCAAAGCCGGGGGGGCCACCGAGGAAAGGAGCGAAAGGCUGAUGGAGAAAGGAGAGGUGGAGACACCCUGCCAGGGAAGGAAGGGAGAAGCGGCCGAUCCCCAGCGAAUGAACAGCUCGGGGGGCUGAGGGGGCUUGGCCAGGGAGCCCUGACCCCGCGCAGAGUCCGGCUGGACCUCCCCCUGGCUUUGUUUGCUUGACAGUUAAUAAUUGUCCCAGCACCCUGGACUGAGACCUGCUGAGCCACUGCUGAACAUGGGGACUGCCUGAAACCCCCAGCCUAAGGGGCCCCUCUAGCCAAAUGCAGGGGCUAAAGAUUUUGGGGGUCUCACCCCCCAUUGGGAUAGAUCCAGGGCUUAGGGGGUCAUCACUGAGUGAGAUUUGGGGGGUUCACAGGGAGUGGGGCUGGUGAUCCCUGGCUGUGGUUCUUUUGGGAGGACACUGAACCCCUGUUUCCUGACCCGUCCAGGGAGGGGCCUGGGCCCACGUUCCUAGGGGCAUUAUGGAG